AUGCGCCGUUCCGUUAAGCCACGAGGGAGCGCUGGGCCAAAUGGCCCCGCACUUUCACUCGCCUUGCCCAAAGGACGACCGGUGCCACUCAGUUCUGGAAGGGACACGAAGGCGAGUGCGCCCACUGUCCUCAGACGCAACGGGCGCAACGAUGUUUGCACGAACAACAAUCAGUUGGACUUGCAACGGAUAUUCGGUAUUAGGCAUAUUCAAGAGCUUGCAGCAGAU